AUGGCCAUGCCAUUGCUAGCUCCGGUGAGCUCCUCCAGCUACAGCAGCAGGCCAUUGGCGCUGGUGCUGGUGCUAGUCGCGGCAGCGCUGUGCCGUCCGGGUUCUUGCGACGGAGCUGCCGCUGCCGCCGCGGACAGGAUCAGGCGGCUCCCCGGGCAGCCGGAGGUGAGCUUCGGCCAGUACUCCGGCUACGUCGGCGUGGACGGCGGCGGCAAGCGGGCCCUGUUCUACUACUUCGUGGAGGCCGACGUCGACCCGGCCUCCAAGCCUCUCGUCCUCUGGCUCAAUGGCGGGCCUGGGUGCUCGUCUCUGGGUGUAGGGGCCUUCUCAGAGAAUGGGCCGUUCAGGCCUAGUGGGCAGGUGCUGGUGAAGAAUGAAUACAGCUGGAACAAAGAGGCCAAUGUGAUAUACCUGGAGACGCCAGCUGGUGUUGGCUACUCCUACUCUGCUGAUGCUGCUUACUACCAGGGUGUGGAUGACAAGAUGACAGCCAUGGACAACAUGGUGUUCCUGCAAAGGUGGCUCCAAAAGUUCCCACAGUACAAGGGCAGGGACCUCUACAUCGCCGGAGAGAGCUACGCAGGGCACUACAUCCCGCAGCUCGCGGAGGCCAUGGUGGAGUUCAACAAGAAGGACAGGAUCUUCAACCUCAGAGGCGUCGCUCUGGGCAACCCGGUGCUGGAGUUCACGACGGACUUCAACUCCCGCGCGGAGUACUUCUGGUCCCACGGCCUCAUCUCCGACGCCACGUACCGCGUCUUCACCUCCGUCUGCAACUACUCCCGCUACGUCACCGAGUACUACGGGGGGUCGCUGUCGCCGCUGUGCGCCAGGGUGAUGAAUCAGGUGACGCGCGAGACCAGCCGCUUCGUCGACAAGUACGACGUCACGCUCGACGUCUGCCUCUCCUCGGUGCUCUCGCAGUCCAAGAUCCUCUCGCCGCACGAGCAGGUCCGGCAGCGGAUCGACGUGUGCGUGGAGGACGAGACGGUGAGGUACCUCAACCGUCGGGACGUGCAGGCGGCGCUGCACGCGAGGCUCGUCGGCGUCGACAAGUGGGCGGUCUGCAGCAGUAUUCUCGAGUACGAGCUGCUCAACCUGCAGAUCCCCACCAUCAACAUCGUCGGAUCGCUCGUGAAAUCCGGCAUCCGAGUGCUAGUUUACAGCGGGGAUCAGGACUCGGUGAUCCCUCUCACGGGGAGCCGAACCCUGGUGCAGAACUUGGCCCAUGACAUGGGCCUCAAGACCACCACCCCGUACAGAGUCUGGUUCGAAGGGCAGCAGGUUGGAGGAUGGACUCAGGUGUACGGAGGCGGCGCGCUGUCGUUCGCCACCAUCAGGGGCGCCUCCCAUGAGGCGCCCUUCUCUCAGCCCGGGCGGUCGCUCGUGCUCUUCAGAGCGUUCCUGCAGGGCCAGCCUCUGCCUGAAACCUUCUCGUGA